AUGGAUUUGGCUCUCCCCGCAGCCCGCAGGCCCUGUGGCUGCGAUGCGAAAGCACCGAAAGCCUCAGGCAGCCCCUCAGGCAGCCCCGUGCUGGCCGGCCCCAAAAAGCUGAGCCUACGGAUCCUUCAGGAUUUCAGCGGCAGCAACGGCUCCUUGGAGAAAAGCUCCCAGCCGCAAGGAGCGGGGCCGCACACAAGGGCUGGAGAGCUGGGGGUCCGGCCCCAGAGCCGACAGGGGAACGCAGGACGGACCGAGGGAUCAAAGCUGGCGGCACUCUUCGAGCAUCCUCUUUACAACAUCCCAAUCCCGGAGGUGACAGAGAAAGACAAGCUGUUUGUUGUCAACCCCAUGGAGAAGUUCAGCCUGCGCAGCAGCGGGAGUGACGAAUGGGUCAGCAGCAGUAAAGCCGAGACGCUCCUCCCGACAGGGAAGACGGCUUACGACACCUACCCCGCCUGGCUCAAAUUCCACAUUGGCAUCAACCGCUACGAGCUGUACCCCCGCCAGGACCCCCUGAUGCCCACCCUCCUCCAGGACCUGGCCACACAGAGGAUUGUCAGCUCAGUACAGAAGUCCGGUGGGACCCAGCUCAAGCUCAUCAUGACGUUCCCAAAUUACGGGCAGGCUCUCUUCAAGCCCAUGAAGCAGACCCGGGACCAGGAGACCCCCAUUGACUUCUUCUACUUCUCGGACUUCGAGCGGCACAACGCAGAGAUUGCAGCCUUCCACCUGGACAGAAUCCUGGAUUUCCGGCGAAUCCCUCCAGUUUCUGGCCGUUUGGUCAAUAUAACAAAGGAGAUUCGUGACAUCACGACAGACAAGAAACUGGCCAAAACUUUCUUCAUCUCCCCAGCGGGCAACGUCUGCUUCUAUGGGGAGUGCUCCUACUACUGCUCCACCGAGCACGCCCUCUGUGGCAAGCCGGACCGGCUGGAGGGCUCGGCUGAGUGAGCCGGCGGGGCACGGGCACGGGAGGCAUGGAGGGGGCCACCCCGCAGCCGUUCUCAUCACCCUGUCCCCCUCGCCCUGUCCUCUGCCCGCAGGUGGGAGCUGAACCCCAACUACUGCACUCAGGUGCGAGAGACGCCGCCCUACGACAGCGGCCAUCGCCUCCUUGACCUCAUCGACAUGACGGUCCUCGAUUUCCUCAUGGGCAACAUGGACCGGCACCACUACGAGACCUUCGAGAAAUUUGGGAAUGACACUUUCCUGCUCCACCUGGACAACGGCCGUGGCUUCGGCACACAUUCACGUGACGAACUGUCCAUCCUGGCCCCCCUCCAGCAAUGCUGCAGCAUCAAGAAGUCGACCUACCUGCGGCUGCAGCUGCUGGCCACCCAGCCCUACCGCCUGAGCGACCUGCUGCGGGAGGCACUGGCCACCGACCCCCUGGCCCCUGUCCUGGCCGAGCCCCACCUGCGGGCACUGGACCGUCGCCUGGGGAAAGUGCUGGCGGUGGUGGGACGCUGCCUGGCCGGGGCGGUCCACCCGGAUGAGGUGCUGGUGGAUGAUGUGGGGUCACGGGUGUGA